GGUAUCGAAAUACUAACCGGACCCAUAUUAGCAGUUUAGUUCCUUCAAAAAGAUGAAAACCCAAAAACGGCCGUCGGAUAUGUACUAUAAACUACUUUCGGUUAUACGUUUUUGUUCUCGAACCAUCGGUGUAGAUAUUACCGCCGAGGAUUAUAAAAUCAAUUUAAAUACAUAUAUUGUUAUUGUCGCAAUAAUCGCUUAUUACCUCUGUGCGAUAAAUAUGAUUGCAAAAUAUAUUCUGACAGAUUUGACGGUGCUGCUUGAUGUCUUUUCACCGGUGAGCUGCACCACACAAGGAGCGGUGAAAUUGAUGUCAGCACUUUUGUAUCCAAAACUGUAUCGAAAAUUAGCUACGGAUAUCGGACAAAUUUAUGAGAAAUAUCAACAGAUGGGAAGAGAGUAUGAGCAGAAGUUACUCGAAUGGAAUAAGAAUAUGAAGAAAAUUCUAUUUGCAUGCGCAAUAGUUUACUCUAUCACAGCCAUGCUAAUUUUAUCCACACCCAUUGUGAUGUAUAUACUUAAGGGCGAACGUCAUCUGAUAUUGCUUUGCGAAGUACCCGGUUUCGCAGCGGAUUCAUAUUAUGGUUAUUGGGUUAAUAAUGCCUUCAAUUUAUUGUGUGUUAUGAUUGCCGCUUUCGGGUUAUAUGCCGGUGAUUUGUAUUUACUUCUCUUUUUAACACACUCAAUAUUCUUUUACGAUAUAUUAGUACUGAAAAUAAACGAUUUACACAAAUUGCUAGAAGAUGAAGACAAGGAAGACCGUCAAACUAAAAUCGUUAAUGAUAUUGUAGAGUGGCACCAGCACUAUUUGGAAUUCAAUGAUACGUGCAAUUUGCUUUUCUUUUGGACCAUAUCCGCGCACAUCAUAUGCACCACGACGGGUAUCUUGAGCACACUGCUCAUCAUCAUGCUGAAGGAUUGGCCUGGUGCUUAUACCUACCUUUUCGUGUGCUUUCUCUGGCUAUAUAUGUACUGCAUACUUGGCACACGUGUUGAAAUAUGCAACGAUCAAUUUUGUACUGGGGUUUACGAUAUCAACUGGUAUGCCUUAGAUGUGCGUAAUCAAAAUACGAUUCGCUUGAUGUUAAUGCAGUCGCAGGCACCGCGAAAUAUAACCAUCGCGGGAGUUGAACCGUUAUCGGUUAGCACAGCACUCAAGAUAACACGGACAAUUUACAGUUUGGUCAUGAUGGUGCUACGUUUCCAAAAUAAAUAAAGAUUUUAUUGAAAAUAUUUGUGGGACAGGAAGAAAAGUAUAUGGACAUUGGAUUUAUUAGUGCUUAUCUAGGUUAACAUAAGUGUGAUGUCUAGCGAAACAUUUCAACGAUUAGAUUAAGUCCUAGUUCAAGGUCAACACAGAAAAAAUAAAUAAAGAGUCAUAAUUACUUUGGUGCAGUAUAAAGUUCAUCGAA